AUGAAGCCCAACAUAGCUCAAUAUAGAAGUACUGACGGCAAGAUACGCAUACGCCAAGUCGGUGAUCUUACGAAGAUGUGGCCAAAGGUUAACCGCGUCAUAAUAGGAGAGAAUAGAUAUGUGGGGUCCACAUUUCCUUGUAUGCUGAUAUCUUUCCCAAGACGUGCCCUUCCAUCAGCCAUAUCCACUGUCCAGUCAAGCCCGAUGACAUCAACUCCCGUUCCUUUCAUCCCCUCAAGAAGCCAACCAUUUCCAUUGAUGUAUAGCACAAGUGGCACCACUGGUCCCACAUGUCAGGUGGCAAUUGGCCCCCCCACGAAUCAAAAAUUUGUAUGCAGUGGACCCCAGACUCUACUUGGUAAACGACAUACUCAGCUAUUGCCUUUGUCAGAUGAGACAGAAGAACCCUUAGCAAAUUGGGUGCCAUAUGACACAUACUCUUUAUUGUCGUGUAUAUCCGAGUCGUACCACCUUCGACUAUAUGCGUAG